UCUCGUCUGAAAGCUGUCAAGGUUUCCUCCUCCUGCAAGCAAAGCGUCGUCAUGUCUGGACGUGGAAAGGGCGGCAAGGCGAAGGGCAAGGCCAAGUCCCGCUCCAGCAAGGCCGGCCUUCAGUUUCCUGUCGGAAGGAUUCACCGCCUUCUGCGUAAAGGGAAAUACGCGGAACGCGUAGGCGCUGGUGCUCCUGUGUACAUGGCUGCUGUCAUGGAAUAUCUUGCAGCUGAAAUCCUCGAAUUGGCAGGAAAUGCAGCCCGUGACAACAAGAAGAGCCGCAUCAUCCCCCGCCACUUGCAGCUGGCCAUCCGUAACGACGAAGAGCUCAACAAGCUGCUGUCUGGCGUGACCAUCGCCCAGGGCGGUGUCCUGCCCAACAUCCAGGCUGUGCUCCUCCCCAAGAAGGCGGAGAAGUAGAUAGUUGCUUCGACUAUACAUUAGAUAUACAUAGAACCACACCGAAUGAAUUAUGGAUUAUAUUACUGUAUAUAAUAAAUAGACGCACGUACUAUAA